AUGCCUCUUUCUAUCGAUGAUGAGAAAGCUCGAAAAUCGUCCCUGGAAGACUCGCAAAAUGAUUCACUGGAGUCGAUUGAAAGAAUAAGAGAAAUCGAUGCUGACAUCGAAAGGAGAGUCAUUCGCAAGUGUGACUGGUGGGUUGUACCUGCUCCCACAGUCAUGUUCAUGCUCUCCUUCAUCGAUCGCGUCAACAUUGCAAAUGCAAGAAUCGAAGGCAUGUUGACAGAUCUCCAUAUGGUCAAGCACGACUACAAUAUCGCCCUCUUCAUCGUCUUUAUUCCAUUCAUCCUCUGUGAGACUCCAAGCAACAUGAUCCUUAAGCGCAUUGCUCCACGCGUCUGGCUUAGUUUCUUGCUCUUCGGUUGUGGGCUCAUGGCUAUCUGUCAGGGUGUGACAAAGUCCUUUGGUGGCCUUGUAGCCUGCCGUUUCAUCCUUGGUAUCUUCGAAGCCGGUAUAUCUCCAGGAAGCAUCCUUCUCAUCACGAUGUACUACCGUCGCGAAGAGCUACCUCGCAGGAUCUGUUGGUGGUAUAUGUCUGGGACCAUAGCAGGCGCUUUCGGCGGUCUGCUAGCGUAUGCUCUGGCAAACAUGAGUGGAGUUAGAGGCUAUGGCGGAUGGAGAUGGAUAUUCAUCAUCGAAGGAUGUGUGACUGUCGGCGUGAGCAUCCUCAUGUAUUGGUGGCUUGCAGAUUGGCCAGCAGACUGUCGCUUUCUGACUCCAGACGAGCGCAAGGUACUGAUGUGGCGCCUAAUGGAUGACAGUGAAGGCGAAGCCAGGAUGGAUCGAGUCAACUGGUCCAGAUGUGCGAGAGACUGGAAAGUCUGGGUUGCAACAGCAAUGUACUUCGGUGUCGUAGCUCUCAACUACUCGACUAACAACUUCAAUCCAACUCUUUUGAAGGAGCUUGGCUACACAUCCGCAGCAGCUCAGAUUCACUCGAUUCCUCUUUAUGUCGUCGCGAGUGCUUUCUGUCUGGGAUCUUGCUAUCUGUCGACAUACAUCAACAACCGGUUCUGGCCUUUGCAAUUCGGAGUAGUCCUUGGCAGCGUUGGUUUCGUCAUCCUCAUGGUUCAAAGAUCACCUGCAGUUGGACCGGGUGUCGCAUACAUGGCGCUCUUCUUCAUCACCAGUGCUGGGUACAUCGUGCAGCCAAUGGUUGUGUCGUGGGUCAUGAAUAAUGCAUCUGGGCAUUACAAAAGGGCGUUCACCUCAGGCACCAUGAUCGGUUUGGGCAAUGCUGGCGGACUUGUGUCGAGCAACAUAUUCUUCCAGGAAGAGGCGCCAUAUUAUCCUACCGGAUACGGGACAUCGUUGGCAUUGCUGAUCCUGACAGGUGUCGCGGCAGUGGUGUUUUAUGUUGGAUUGAAGAGAGAGAAUGCCAAAAGAGACGCGGGCAAGUGUGACGAGCGGCUUCUGCUUCCAGAUGCUGACAAUCUUGGGGACGACCAUCCUUCCUUCCGCUUCAGCUUUUGA